GUCGCUUUGAUUGCCGCGACGCGCGCAUCGCCGCUGGGCCGCUUCAGGGCUCGCUGAGCAGCGCUGCAGUUCGCCACCGAGCGCACCGGCUGCGCGCUGCGAAACUGCGCACGUCUACGCCCGCUACGCGGUAAACAGUGGCGCCGACGCGAAAGCGCAGUUUACCUCGCGUCUGCCAGCCAGGCCGCGCCGCGCCAGCCAGAACGCCGCUGAAACAGCGCCGCAGCCACCGCGCACCACAAAACAGACGACGAUGAAGAAGUUCCAACCCCUAGGGGGCGGCGGCCCGCGCAAGGGCCCGCCCACGAAAAGACUGGGGACCUGCGGCCGGCCCUUGAUCUUGAGUGAUCAGGAACGUUUCAGAAGGGACUCCUGCAGCCAGGGCGACGGCAACGACGACAUGGCCGUCGUACGAGCGCCUUUGGUCCCUGGUCUAUUGACGACGGCGCCCGUCUCGCUCAAGGUGCGCCAGAAGUUCCGCCCUUUGGGAGUGGGCGGGCGGCGCGCCAACGAAUUGCUGAAGAAGUCGUGUUUAGGGCCGCGGCGCGUGGCCCCGGGCAAGGCUUUGGUGAGCAAGUUCCUCAGUGGACGGGACUUCACCCCCGGCGAAAUUCAAGUCCCGACGGACAUGGACCUGUCGCUCAUGGAGGACUUGAGCGACGCGGAGGCCAUGGACGAGGAGGAGCCGCCGCCGAAGUACCGUCCGUCGGUCGGCGUCCGAAGUUCCGUCGUGGCGCCUCGCGGCGACGACGUGGCGCCCUCGCGUCGAUGGCGUGGAGGUGGCGCCGUCGUCGACACCGUGACGCCGUCGAUACCGCCGCGAGAGAGUCAUCGUUUUGACACGCAGGCGAGCACGAACCGUUGGUCCUGUGCGAGGGCGAGGGCGACACGCCGGACAUUGAAGUACCUCCACUACUAUGCCAGUGGCUGCGGCCGCACCAGCGUGUAUCAGCGUCGAACAUCAACCCGUCUCGCGGCGAUGGCGUGGAGGCGGAAAUUCGAGGAUGAGGCCGUCGACGCACCCGUAGUGAGAGGAGACGCGAACGUACGUCACGCAGGCGCGAGGGCGUCUCCUUCGUCUUCGAGUGCGUCCACGGCAUGAAGAAGGACCGGUACGGGGGCACCGGCGCGAUUCUCGCGGACGACAUGGGCCUCGGCAAGACGUUGCAGUCCAUAACACUGAUGUACUCGCUCCUGAAGAACAAGGAUUCACAAGGAAAGCCGCUCGCGAAGCGCUGCAUCGUCGUAUGUCCGUGCUCCUUGGUGAAGAACUGGGAGGACGAGUUCGAGAAGUGGAUCAACUCGAAGGCCCACGACAAGAGCGAGCGCGUCGAGUGCAUGGCGUUAUCUGAUACAUCCAGAAAAACGGUCGAAGGCAUGAUCGACCAGUUCCUGUCGCCGGCCUGCUACUACGACGUGCUAGUCAUCUCGUACGAGACCUUCCGGGCCCAGCACCAGCGCUUCGCGCGUAAAAAAGAUAGCGCGGACAUCAUCGUCUGCGACGAGGCGCAUCGUCUCAAAAACGACGAGGCCCAGACCAGUCAAGCUCUAGCAUCACUAGCCUGCCGGAAACGAGUACUACUAUCAGGAACGCCGAUGCAGAACGACCUGGUGGAGUUCUUCGCCAUGUCGAACUUCACGAACCCGGGCGGUAGUGCACGCGGCGUCCUUUUAUCCGUCUUCCGAUGCCGGGGGUGGUCGGAGAGCGCGGUCGCGGCGACGGCGUCUUCGCGACAUGACGUCGACGCGUCCCCCGCACGCAGUCUUCGGCACCAAGGACAAGUUCACGAAGUACUACGAGGGCCCGAUCCUGCGGGGCCGCGAGCCCGACGCGACGGACAAGCAGAAGAAGCUCGGCAAGGCGCGCCAGAAGGAGCUCUCCGAUUUGAGCGACCACUUCAUCAUCCGACGCAUGAACCGGUUGAACGCCGAGCACCUACCGCCCAAGCUCACGCAAGUCGUGUGCUGCAAAUUGACGCCCACCCAACAGCGCAUGUACGAGCAUGUAGUGAGGAAGCGGGACCGCGUCGCCGCUACCCAAGGUCAUGUGAAAGAUACAUUAGGUGUCAUCCAGCGGCUCCAGAAGAUCUGCAACCAUCCGUCCCUCGCGACGCAAGUCGACGCGUCGGCGUCUCGCGUCCAGCGCGACGACGCUCGAGAAUUGGAGAGCUUGAUGCCCGAGAACGACUUCGCGGCAUCCGCGCCGCGGGGCCGAGGUGGCCGCAUCGACCACAGAUACGCGAGGAUGGUCGAUCCGGCUUUAUCAGGUAAGCUACGGGUCUUGCACGCGUUGAUGUCCGAGCUGCGACGGAAGGGCCGGGAGCGCAUCGUCGUCGUCUCCGUCUACAUGACGACUUUAGAUUUAAUCGAGCAGAUGUGCAACCAGGAGGACUGGCCCUCGUGCAAGCUCGGCGGUUCCACUUCUACAAAGAAACGGAAGCAGUUCAACGAUGAAUUUAACGACCCCACGGCCAAUUAUUUUGCCUUUUUGUUGUCUUCCAAGGCCGGCGGGUGCGGGCUGAACUUGAUCGGCGGUUCUAGACUGGUGAUGUUUGAUUUGGACUGGAAUCCCGCGACGGACAAGCAGGCGGCCGCUAGGUGCUGGCGCGACGGCCAGCGCUACCAGUGCUACACGUACCGCUUCGUGUCGUCCGGGACCCUCGAGGAGCGGAUGCUCCAGCGGCAGCUCUCGAAGGAGGGCCUCCAGAACGUCAUCGAGGACAAGGACCAGGCGCGUGCCUCGGCGUCUACGCGACGCCGCGCCGCCGCGACGCCGUCGUUCGACGCAGGUCAACUCCUUCGCGACCGACGACCUCAAGAAAUUAUUUCUGUUCCGGCCGCACACGGCGUCGGAUCUCCACGACGAGCUCCAGUGCCCCGUGUGCACGGGCAAGAUAGCCGCCAAAAAAGAUCGAAGCAAGAGAGGCGGCGCGAACGUGCUCUCAGCGAAAGCUGCCCAGAGGUGUCUGGAAGUGCUACAAGCUUCACUACUGAAAGAUGACGCCGACGCGAAGAAGCGGUUACUCACACCUAUUCCUUCCAGUGGUGACGAAUUGCAUGGUCCCGUCGAUAAAAAGCGCUGGACGGCGUCGAAGCCCCACGCGGAUCUUGGGAGCGUGUUUGCGAAGCUGAAACCGGACGCGCCUGGGCUCUAUGGGACCAUCCCGGACGUCUUGAAGGAUCUUAGACGUAUUAAGAGAACAACAGAUAAGCUCUGGCCGGAUAUAAAUGAACACCCUACAAGACUAGCGGCCCAGAAACUUGUCCAGGAAGUCGACGCCUUGUGGGAAGGGUUGUGCGACGAGAUGUACGCCGCCAACGCGGAAAGCAAGACGACUGAGACUUGCUCAAUCCUCGAACCGCAGGAGCCGGGCGACGGCUACAAGCCCCAGCAGUACCCCUUACCGAAGGAGGAAGAUCUCAACAACUGGUCGCACCACGCUUCAUUGGAGACCUGCGGCGACGAGGUCCUCAAGAAGGCGCUCCGAGGUCGCGACGACGUGACGUUCGUGUUUGGCACGUACCAGCGAGGAACUCAAUCUUCGAGCGCCCUUCAAUUUUUGGUGUGUCGUGGUUUGCGUGAGGUGUUUCUCUCUAUACUCGGUCGCGUGGAUCUCUCGGGGAUCGUGUGUAACCUGACUCACUGGUUGAUGUCCACACAGGCAUGUACCAGGACUGGAAUUUGAUCCAGCAGGACACGGCGGCGCAAGCGAAGAUCGAGGAGGAGCAGCGCGCUGAGAGGGAGGCGAAGGAGCGGUUGGACGCUGUGUGGCAAUCAACCUGUGCGUCGGGUGCACUGACGCGGCCGUCCUGGCUCGGUCGAGCGGCGAGGAACCGGCAUCGCCGCGCCAUCGAGCAGGCGUCGCGUCGAUGAACGCGCCGUAAAAUUUUGAUUUCCACCCAGGUUGGACGCCGAGGCGGCGCUGGCCGAUGAGGAUGACGAGGCUCCUGUCGUGGAAAAGAAGAAGAAGAAGAAAAAGAAGAAGCACAAGUCCGAGUCUUCUCAUGACUCCGGUGCUGAUGGUGACGCGGCGAUGGCGCCCGUCGAGAAGAAGAAAAAAAAGAAAAAGAAGAAGAAGAAGUCCGCCGACGCCGAGGACGCCGCCGCCGCCCUGGAGACGGCCGACGCCGACGCGGCCCUGGCGCCGGCGCACCCCGACGCUGGAGUCGUGGACACAACGCCGCCCGACGCCGUCAUCACGCAGCCGCCGCCGGCGCCCGCGCCCCGGGUCGACUCCCAGGAGGAAUCGUCGCAACCGACGCCGGACUGGCCGCGGCCGGGUCAGGUGGUGGAGUGCGUCUGGACCAAGGGCACUGCUUUGUCAGAUGGCGACGUCGACCGGUGCGUCGUCGAGUCGAUCAGAGACCCGGUCCCUCAUAAAAAACGCAAGGCCGGCGUGCCCGAGCACUUGGCGUACCAGUGCUACGCCCAGCUCAAGUCGCUGAUCAAGCUCGCGGGCGACACGGACCAGCCAUACGAGACCGUGCCCGAGUCCGACCCGCGGCCGAAGCAUAUUCAUUUGAAGUACAAGCUGGACCUCGCGGACCACGGGCGGACGUGGCGCGUGCUCCCGGUGAGCAAGAAGGCCUCGCAGCGCGAGUCCGUCGGCGAGACGUUCUCGGCGAUGUCGGACCUGACGAACAACUAGUAUCGAGUCUAUCCCCCCUCCCCCGUCGGACAUAAGGUCUGUGUGAUUAUCCUCCCGAGGGAUCGGUCAUCAGGGGAGGGCCGGUC